UGCAGAUAAUUAGCACGUGCUGGUGUUCGUCCUAAUAACUGAAAUAUUAGAAUUGAGUAACUUCUACACUUUACCCGAUGCAGGUCAAGACUCGGUGAAAGUCUUCAUGCUUUUAACUUUGGAAAAGCUCGCAGUUUUUAUUCUUGAUACACGAGGUCACCUCGCCUGUAGUAAUAACCAGUGGCUUUACUGUACAGCUGGGAUAUGUGAGCCAGCUGACCGGACACAAGUCCGUCUCCAGAGAAAUCUCGUUUUGGAGAGAAUAGUGAGGCACGUUUAUUUUUCGUAACACGUUUGUGCUUUACGAGAACGCUGUAAUUCCGGUUAGUGAAUUUAAUAAAGUGUAUUUUAAUAUUGUAAAUUAUGGCCUUCUGCAGCACUUGCUGUGCUUCCUGUUAUUGUUCGUAACUAACAAGUACCUUACCGCUGUAAAAUGCAGUAUGUUGGAUUACGUGACGUAUUAGUUUAAUAAUAAAACCGCCCAAAUGGGGGAAUUCCCGGCUCCGGCUUUUAAACUCAAUACAUCACCUUUCUAGUAUUAGUUGAAGCUUGGAGUUGAAAUGAUAAAGUGUGAUAAGCCCGUCCACAACAUGAACUUGUGCAAGCCCUACACGGAGAUAUUCGAGCAGCCGAAGCAGAGAGGCAUGCGCUACAGGUACAAGUGCGAGGGCCGAUCGGCGGGCAGCAUCCUGGGGGAGAGGAGCACCGACGACAACAAGACCUACCCCACCAUCCAGAUUUUUAACAUGUUUGGGAAAGGGAAGAUCCGCGUGUCUUUAGUGACAAAGAAUGAGCCUUACAGGCCACACCCCCACGAGCUGGUUGGCAAGGACUGCAAGGACGGCUACCACGAGGCUGAAAUGAGCCCGGACCGCAGGGUCUUUGCCUUUCAGAACCUGGGGAUACAGUGCGUCAAACGGAAGGAGGUGAAGGAAGCCAUAAUGCAGAGGAUGGAGCAGUGCAUCAACCCCUUUAACGUACCACAGGAGCAGCUGCUGCAGAUCGAGGAGUAUGACCUGAACGUGGUGCGCCUGUGCUUCCAGAUCUUCCUGCAGGACAAGAUGGGUCGCUAUGUGCAGGCCAUGGAACCUCUGGUCUCCAACCCCAUUUUCGACAACCGUGCCCCCACCACAGCUGAGCUGCGCAUUUGCCGCGUCAACAGGAACAGCGGCGGCGUGAGGGGUGGGGACGAGAUCUUUCUGCUGUGCGACAAAGUUCAGAAAGAUGACAUCGAAGUGCGGUUCUUUAGAAAGAACUGGGAAGCGAAGGGCAUCUUCUCGCAGGCCGAUGUGCACAGGCAGGUCGCCAUCGUCUUUAGGACUCCCCCAUACCUCAGUACCUCCAUCACCGUCCCUGAGGCCGUGGGGAUGCAGCUGCGCCGCCCGUCCGACCAGGCAGUCAGCGAGCCACUGGAGUUCCGAUACCUGCCUGAUGAUAAAGACCCCUUUUACUGCAUCGCUAAAAAACGGAAGAUCGAAGAACUGAUGAAGGUCCUUCCCAACUUCAACGGUGUGAAUCACCUCAACAGAGUGAAGCCACAGGCAACUCAGAUUAAGAAAGAGCCCGAUAACACGUACAUGAAGACGACCACAACCAAUGGCAUGCAGAAGCCUCCGCCAGCCCUCAGUGGAACCUCGCCAUACCUGAUGGCCAUGCAGACCGUGACACAGCCUCCAGUUUCCAUCGCCCACGUCACACCACUGCCGAGCAUCCAGGCCGCCGCUGGCAUGGGAAUGCCGGAUCCGCAUAGUAGCUCCACCUUCUCCGACCUGCCCCAGCUCACCGAGGGCGACCUACAGUGCCUGGGCAUGGUUGGGGACGGGCAGCUGCAGCAGAGAGGCCUCACCCAAGGCAAGGAGGCGGCAUCCGGAUCCCAGCCCAACUGGGCCUCCUACGGCUUCCCGUCAAACCAGGGCAUACUGAAGGGCGGGAUUAGGCCCUUCUCCUACGCCAGUGACAUGGACUGCGACAACAUCCUGGAGAACUUCACCCAGCCGCCAGUGUUCCCACUCAAACAGGAGCUCAUGCUGGAGCAGCCCAGGCACGUCAAUGGGGCGUCGCCAGAGAGCGCCAUGCAGCAUCGCAGCCUGGCACACUGCCACGUGCACAACGGCACCACCCUGGAGGCUCUCACACAUACCGGGGCCAAGGCGGCAAACCUCGACCUCAACCUGCUGGCGAAUCAGUUCAACGACGUCAACGGCGACUUUGGCAGGAUGAACUGGCAUUAGGCCCGAGAGCGAUUAUGAAUAAUUAAGGCCAGUCGGGGUGCUAGUUUGCAGGUAUCUCACUGGCUUCGACAGUGGCCUGAAGCUUAAUGAUGAUUAACAAGAGCAGGUCUCCACGUUCUCAAAACAGACCUAAUAGGGUUUUCUGGGUUUCCUCCCAACGUCCAGAGGGUCGAAAGAGUAAUGGAUCUGUAGGAGGUAAUAUCCUAUGGUAGAUUAUCUUGGUGUAAGGUUUAUUUUAAGGCUUAAGUAUUUGUGCUUGUGUAAAUAUACAUGAUAUAUAUACAUGAUAUCUGUACAUAUGGUAUAUAUGUAAUCUGAGAAGCCAUGUAUGAGGGUUUUGGAAUGGAUGUCUAAUCUGAAAACUAUGUGGACUAACCAAUGUUUGGUUCAUUUAAUGGUAGCCGUAAUGAAUUCUGUUCCUAAGAAGGAAGUUAAAGGGAUCUACUUUUCCCUCGUAAUGGCUAUGUCAUAUUUAUAGCGUGAAGUUCUCAGACUCAAACCACAGUCUCCAACAUAAGUUGUUGCUUUUCAGAGGUAAAUCACUUUGGUACCACUUAUAAAUAAUAUAUAUUUAAUAUAUAUAUAUAUAAUAAGGCUCCCCUUUGCCACUUAUAAAUGGUAGUAACUCAUUAACGAGAAGAAAACUUCAAUUAUACACAAGUGUUACAACGUAAUUAGUAACCUGCUUAUAAAGCAUUUAUAAUCCCUUUAUAAGCAUAACCUUCGUGUAAAGUGGCACCAUAACUUUUUAGAAAUUGAUUGUAUUAUUUUCUCAAAAGUGCCGUCGGUAAGGGGUUCCCCACGCAUCAGCUCAUCUUUAAACUCACCAUUCUUUCUUAAUGUCAUAGUUUUAUAUUUUUGAUAUUGUGGCGUUUUCAUUGUGAUUCCUCAGUGUAAUAUUCACAUGCUUCUUAAUAAAUAUUUAAUUUGA